AUUGCUCAUCCAUUCACUCCCAAUCCCAAAACCACACAAAAAUAUCAAAUCAAUCUCUUUCCCUUUUCCUUAUAUACCACUUUCCCCUCUCUUCUCCUCUUUGAUUAUUACCCACAAAUAUCCCCAAUUUUCUUACAACCAUGGCCGCUGUCACCUCCGCCGCCGUCGCUAUCCCUUCCUUCACCGGCCUCAAGUCCACAUCCUCCUCCAAACCCACCUCACUCAUCCGCCUCCCUUCCCCUGCAUCCCCAAAGCUAUGCAUCAAAGCCUCUCUUAAGGACGUCGGUGUAGCCGUUGCUGCCACCGCCGCCAGCGCUCUUUUGGCCUCAAACGCCAUGGCCAUCGAGAUCUUGCUGGGUGGGGACGACGGUUCUCUGGCAUUCGUUCCGAACAAUUUCACGGUGGCGUCGGGGGAGAAAAUCACGUUCAAGAACAACGCGGGAUUCCCACACAACGUAGUGUUCGAUGAGGAUGAAAUUCCGAGCGGAGUUGAUGUGGGAAAGAUCUCGAUGGAUGAGGAGAAUCUUUUGAACGCUCCCGGAGAGGUUUAUGAAGUUCAGCUUACUGAAAAAGGAAGUUACUCGUUCUACUGUUCGCCUCAUCAAGGCGCUGGAAUGGUUGGAAAAGUUACGGUUAAUUGAUGAUCCCAUCCAUUCCAUUUUUCUAUGUAAUGUUCUUUCUUUUUUUAUUUAAUGUAUAAUAAUUUUAAAGUUGAAUGUCUUUGGUUUUCCUCUUCCACUCAGAGACUGUAUGGCCGUAGAGCUCAUAAAUGGAGAUUUAAUAAUUCACUAAUGAUGUAAAUGGUAUUUGUUGUCGUUGUUCUCUA